AUGUGUCGGCGAUGCACUGGAAUCUUGAGCAUUCGAGAGGAUAGUCGUGUAGUGUCUAUGGCCUCGAAGGCUCUCUUUGAACAAGGACGAUGUGAGCAAUCUCUAGAUCUCCUUGCGAAGUCUAGAGAUUAAUGAAAUGGGUCGUUGAAUCGUCUCCAACGGCUGUCACCCAGCGGAGCAGAAAAACGGUGACUUUGCGGCUCUCCAACAGUUGCCACCCGAUAGAGAGAGGAGCUGGAUGGAGGUGGGGCGCGUGUCAAGGAGCUUCAUCUUCAGGUCCGCGCAGCAAGAAAAAGCUCUUCAUCGCAUCUGGUACGCUCUCAGGAGGUGGCGACUCGUCUCUCGACGGAUCGUCCUCUUCCCGACGACGACUUGUUCAUCGAUCAAUCGGAGAUGCUUUACUUGA